UGUGGCGGUGGCAGCAAGACGUUACACCACCGCUUCGACCCCAAGCUUGUUGCAACGCUGCCCAUUGUCGCUGUGCGGGUUUCGUCGCAGUAGCAGUGCAGUAUACUACACGCAGUGACACUUGUGCGAUUUAGCGCGAUUCAAGACUCAAUGAGCGGGCGAACAUAACAACAACAAACGACGACGGAGGAGGCUUGCAAGUGUUGGAGUCCUUUUAUAGUCUCUGCGAAAUAAAUCUAUCGUAUUGCUAAUUUUAGUCUCGCAAACAUGGACAACGCUAAUUACAGCACCCAAGAACAGGACCAGGCCAAAAAGCUGAAGCUGAAGUUGGAGAGCUGGCGGGAGGUUGUCCUUCCUCUAAACUCUGUCCUCGUCUGGAACCAGCCGUACUACCCGGGAUGCGUCUUUGGCGUCGUCUCCACCCUCUUUCUGCUGCUGUGGUACCUGGAGCCCUCCCUGCUGACCACCCUUUCCCUGGCUGGCAUGGUGGCCUGUCUGGCAGACUACCUGGUGCCCCUGGCCUGCUCACACCUCUGCAGCCAGGACAAGUGGACGAGCCAGCACGAGCGUCAGCUUCAGGACAUCUGCCUCGAGGUGGUACACGCAAAGCACUCUCUCAUGGGCUUCUGCACUGCCAUCAAAACAAUGAAGCAGGAGAAGCCCAAGAUGUACAUCAUUGUGGUGCUGGUGUCCCUUCUGCUCGUGGCCUGGAUUGGGAAUAUCUUUGACAACCUGUUCCUCACAUACCUCAUCGUUCUCUUUGUGGCCAUGGUGCCCGGCAUGAAGCGCCACGGGAUCUUCAAGAAGUACUUCUCGGUUGUGGUCCUCUCGAUCCGGAAUCUCAUCUCCUCCAAGAUGAAGAAGAACUGAAUUGCUGGGCGGCUGUGCGCAAGCAUCCUGUCUUGGAGGCAGGGCUGGCGGGCCAGCUGCACAGCGAGACUGCCAAACCUGCGACGGAUCCCAGGAACGCAUCAGUCUGUUUCCUGCCAGACGAGCAGGGAAUGGCAUCUCGGUUAUGUUGAAGAGAUCUCAGUCCAACAGGAGGCACUUGCCACCACUGUAUGAAGCUUUGAUGUGUGCUCGUGCGAGCAGUUUUGGCCAAGUAGAUUUGCUCGAGAUUUGUGCUUGCUCUCGCACUUGCUGUUCAUUGGCUUAUUGCUAGCAUUUUCCUCAGGUAAAGCAGUGGUGUUUGUUUUGUUCUGAACUGGAAUUUGUGAUGGUACUGCAGAAGAGUAUUGGUGUGAUUUGUGACAGUUUGCAAUUUUUCUUGUCCAGUAACAUAUGUUGAGAAAUUGGGAGCACUGGCCAAUACUAGGUGUACCGACGUAUGGUAUUAAUACUUUCUUAUAACAGGAGUUUGUUAUAAAUUUGUAUAAAUUGCCAUUAACAGGUUAAGCUUCAGAGUGGUGCAAGUGUCAAGGCAAUUUCAAGUGCAAAUUUUGUCAUUUUGCUUUCAAUUCUGUGUGAGCAGCCUGAGAAGGUUCUACUUCAAAGUUGUGCAAAGGCCAAGGCAAUCACAAACAUGAAUACCUGAAUGUGCACUGUGAUGCACGCAUACAUUGGGAACUGAGCCUUUUUUCACCUAUCAAAUUGCGUUGUAGCCAAUUGUGCUAAUUGGACAUUGGUAUGUGUUGCCAUCCAUUUGGCAGAAGCAGUAGUGUAUCCUUUACAGCUUGGUUACCAGGUUUCUCUGUAAAACGGCACCGAGAUGCAGCUUUAGUCAACAUUGCGACGAGUGUGGAGCUGCCACGUCCAAGUUUGUAACCUGUUCAUAGCACAUGCCUAUUGUACCUUUUGUAUGACCGUGUCCCCUGUGAUUAAGUGAUACGGCCGCUUGGCUUACAUGCAUAACACUACCGGUUGUGUCAUAGGAGUGUGACAUUAAGGUGAUCAUAACAGUUUGACAUUACUGUGUCCGAUUCUUUAUUUCUGUAGGAAAUUUUUUAUAUUGCUUUUUAAAGCGUGUUGUGUGGCAUGAUAAUGGAAAUGGCGGGAGAAAAGAGUUAGCACCCAUGUGUCACGCCAAAGAUAUGAUAAGCAUGUACAGUAUAGACCAUAGUCACCUAGACAAUAGUAUAAUUAUGUUGUAGGAAGCUUCCCCGUGCGAGAUGUUUUGCUAGCACGCUUGUAGUGGUUCAGAGUGCAAUUAUGGUCACAAGAGUAUAUUUAUCCUGCCACUUCCCUGUGAUUUCAAAUAAAUGUUCUCAUUCUCAGUUC